AUUAUUCAUACGGAGGAGGGUGUGACUUGUUGGCUCCUCUACCCCCCUGUAUAAAACGAGAAGUUCGCGCAAAAGAAAACACAGAUGGAGAAGGCUAGUCGCCUCGCCGUGUCACAGACAGUUCUCCUAAGCCUGUGUGACAACUCCCACUCUGUCCCUGUGUGACCUGCUUCAUCCCCACAAUGCCCAGUCUUUGCGUGCUGUGCCUUGCCGCCGCGCUGGCCGCGUUCGCGCGCCUCGCCGCUUCGGUGGGACCGGUGGUCCGGUGUGAGCCGUGCGACGCCAGCGCGCUGCUGCAGUGCAAGCCGCCGCCCAAGGACUGCGCGGAGAGGGUGAGGGAGCCCGGCUGCGGCUGCUGCAUGACGUGCGCCCUCGGAGAAGGGCAGGCGUGUGGAGUGUACACGGCGCGCUGCGGCUCCGGCUUGACCUGCCAGCCUCUGUCUGGGGACAGUCGACCCCUGCUCGCUCUGCUGGAAGGACGGGGGGUGUGUACCAGCGCCGCGUCCACAAAACUCAAGAGCCUCCUCGUGCCGGCGCAAAAAGCAGAAAAGCUGGGCAAUCAGAUGGAGGACGGUGCCAACGUUACCCAGACAGUAACGGUGUUCCCCGGUGCGGCGACAGUGGACUGUGGCGGGAAGAUGGUGAACACCAGGCCUCCGCUGCACGACAUCCUCAUCAAAAAGAAUGAGAAGAAGAGGGGACAGAGCCACAAGGUGGAACCGGUGGCAGGAGGAGUCAAUACAGACACGCACAACUUCUCCCUGGAGAGCAAACGGGAGAGUGAAUAUGGGCCGUGUCGUCGGGAGAUGGAAAGCAUCAUGAGCAACCUGAAAAUCACCAACAUCCUCAACCCGAGAGGCGUCCGCAUACCCAACUGUGACAAAAAGGGCUUCUACAAGAAAAGACAGUGUCGUCCAUCCAAAGGCAGGAGACGGGGCCACUGCUGGUGUGUGGACAAAUACGGGCAGCCUUUACCUGGUUAUGAGGGCAGUAAGCAGGGUGCUACGCAGUGCUACAACCUGGAGAGCCAAUGAGAGGACGGAGGGACGACUCACAGAUGGAGAGAGGAAAAAGCAUGGGGAUGGGAGGAUGGGGAAGAGAAGGAAGAGAUAAAGAAAAAAAGCUCACUUUGCUCUUUUUGCUGAUUUUUGUUUUUUAUGUAGACAUUUCAUGGAGCUCUGGACCUUCUGAAUUCAGGUCCCAUUUCUGCCGGAGAGGUAGGGAGGUGAGGGCGAAUGGGUGUGGCACCACCUCCUGUCUCUUUAUCCUUUCUUUAAAAAAAGAUUAAGCUGAAAGCUGAGAGUAUGGGAGGAAAGAGAGAAUCCUUCAUCUGCACUAUUUUUUAAGAGGGAGAGGAAGGAGGGAUUUUUCCACUCACCUUAAAGAGGACUUGUUUUUGACUGUGAUCUCCCCACCACCACCAAAAAAACCCCAUCUUUCUAUUGUUUGUGUGUGUGUGUGUCUUGUAAUCCACAAGCGCCUGCAUAACCUGCGUUUUUACAGCUGCCUGCCAAUGCAAGAUAGUGUGUGAGUGCGUGCUCUCCUAAAAACUGUUUAUUUGUGUAAAUACCUUAAGUCGCUAAGCUCAGUUUUGGAAAUGCUCAUCUCCGGUCCCCGCUCCAUUAAAUAAUGCAGAAAGACGUAAACACUCUGGCUCAGGGUCCAUUUACAAAUAAAAGAAGAUGAGAGCAUGGUUGGCCUUUCCUCAAAGCCUCAUGCAGUUACAAAGCCUUAAAGCUGACCGUUUCCUGGCUUCCCUUUCCCUUCAGCCUCUUCUGUCUUCACUUCAAACUAGCUAGCACUUUAUCGAGGAUAGCAGGUGCAGAUUUGACAGAUCACAGUAACUUCAAAGGAAACUUAACAAAUGAUUUUAGUCAACAAUGCCCUAUUGUCACCUUUAAAAGUAUUUACUAAAGAAAAUUUAAAAGAAAAUUUAUAAAUGCAGAAUUGAAACAGAAACCACCAACAUCUGAGGCACAAUUGGAAAAAAUGUAGCAAAACAAUGCUACAAGCUAGCUAAUAGCAGUUAAAUUUAAAUAUGUGGCAAUUAAUUUCUUUCCAAUUUAACUUCUUCUUAUCUCUUCUAUUAUUAUUUUCAACCAAUGA